AUGCUCACGUCUGAGGACACCUCUGCCGCCAGCAAACGGAGCACUGCGUUGCCGGAAUACCCACUCGGCGACGGGCCCUCGAGCUCAGACGAUGCGGACACUCUCGACGAGCUGCCGGCAAAGCCUGAGGCGGCAACGCCUGAGACGCCGGACAGCGCAGUCCAAUCGCAGAAGGGCCGCAAGUCCCAGGGGCAGCGCAUCCGCCCGUGGACGGGCUUUGGCCCGACGCGCAUCAAGCGCAGCGCCACGGCCCCUGCACCGUCAACGCCCCUCAACCGUCGAAGCAGCGGUUCGCAGAUGGACAUCGACCAGGAGUCGCUCGCGGCGAACGACGAGAUCGACCUCGCCUUUUAUCUGCCGGCGGCGCGCCACUACGCAUGGGUCAAGCAGGUGCAGCAGUCGGAGGACUGGCACGACCACCUGCAGCUGUUUUUGGAUAUGGACCUGUGGCAGUCCUCGCCGGCCGCCUUCCUCUUCGUGGCCGUGUCCACCACGACCAUCCUGGCGCAGGUGGUGCUCAUGAUGGUCGAGACGGACUCCUUCUCCAUUAGCGAGGUCGCUCCUCUCGACCGGUGCGCCAUCUGGAUCAUCAGCUGGGUCAUCACCUCGGUCUUUACGCUCGAGCUCGUGCUGCGCACCGUCUCGAUGCGGUCGGUGAGCGAGCUUUGCUCCUCGGCGGCGUGGUGGGUCGACUUUGUCUCGGUGGCACCCGACUACCUGGUGCUCAUCAUCAGUGUUGCCGUACGCGGCAGCAAGAUGAACCCGUGCGUUGACGCGCAGAUGCAGACGCCCGAAGCGAUCGAGAUCAUGAGCGAGCUGCUGCGCGCGUUUCGUGUCGUCCGGAUCCUCAAGAUCCUGCGACUCAACCCGGACACGCUAGUUCUCUUCCGCGCGAUCUCGCUGUCGAUGCGCGCGCUCGCGGUGCCGCUCGCCUUCCUCUUCAUCGGCGCCUUCUUCUAUGGGGCGCUCAUCUUUUAUUUUGAGCACAUGGAGCUGGUCCUCAUCCGCGGGCUGCCGGACGCAGUCAAGUUCAACGACCUCGGCGAGGCCAUCUGGUGCAUGAUCGUCACCUUCACGACGGUGGGCUACGGCGACGUCUCGCCAGUGAGUCACAUGGGCAAGGCCAUCUGCGCGGUUGCCAUCCUCAACGGCGUCAUCCUGCUCGCGAUGCCGCUCAACAUCGUCGGCGCCAACUUUGCAGUCGCGUGGGAGGAGCGCUCAAAGCUGAUGUUUGUGCGGCAGGUGCAGAAGAAGUGCAUCGACCAGCGCAUGUCCCUCGCCGGGAUACGGAGGCUCUUCCAAGAGGCGGACACACACAACUCGGGCCAGCUCGACUACCUCGAGUUUCGCGCGCUCUGCCGCGAGCUCGGGCUCUACUUUUCGUCGUCCGAGGCGCGCCGCCUCUUCAAGCUCUUCGACGAGGACCAGACGGGCGAGAUCUCCUUCUUCGAGUACUGCCACCUGAUCUUCCCGAACCUGGACGUGGAGAUGCUGUACGAGAAGGGCGCUUUCACGCUGAGCGGCACCAUCGCCGAAGAGGAGCCGAGAACAGGGGCGGGCGCCGUGCCGCUUCCAGAGGGCGGCGCAGCCGCGACCGACCAGCCCGCCAGCUUCAUCCCGAGCAGCUACUCCAGCCGGCAGCUCACGCUGCUGAAGCAGGCGUUCCGCGCGGAGGAGCUCGAGUCGCGCGCGGCAAAUCUGAGCUCGGGGGAGGCGCGGGCGGCCCUGCACCAGCUGCCGCUGGCUGCGCGCGUAACGGCGCGGCUGGACGCGCAGGACGCCCGGCUCGAAGAGCUGAGGGCCAUGCUGGAGCGGCUGCACGUAAGAGUGCGAGUGUGGCGCGCGAGAGAGCGCUAG